AGACGAUUCUCCGCGUUGAAUGAGAAUAAAUGUGUGACUUUCAUCUGUUUUAUUUUUCCAGUGACUUCACAAGUUUUAUUUCCAGUGUUUAUUUUCGGCGGAAGAAUUGCGAGUUGUCUGUAACGCAGUAAAACUCCAGGAAACAAGUGAAAUCUGUGUGACACUGUUGUAAAGAUGUUUAUUAAAGAGGAGAGUGAAGAUAUGGCUUAUCCAGAAGCAUGCAGAAUUAAAACCGAACACACUGACGAACAAACAGACUUGAUGAAUAGACCAGAAAAUCAAGAACCGAUAGAAGUGAAGGAGGAAAUUCAAGAACUGAUUGAAGUGAAGGAAGAAAGUCAAGAACUGAAUGAAGUGAAGGAGGAACAUCAGCAUCCUCAUCAUUUCAUUACUGGAGAAAAAUCUUUUAGUUGCUCACAGACUGAGCUGAAUUCAUCACAAAAAACUCAAGCCAAAAAUUCCUUCACCUGCACUCAGUGUGGAAGGAGUUUCACACGGAAAGAAAGUCUUAAAUACCACAUGAGGAUUCACACUGGAGAAAAACCUUUCUCAUGUCAUCAGUGCGAAAAGAGUUUCACACUGAAAGAUAGUCUUCAGAAACACAUCAAAAUUCACACUGGAGAGAAACCUUUCACAUGCCAUCAGUGUGGAGAGGGUUUCACACGUAAAGGAUCUCUUAAUGUACACAUGAUAAUUCACACUGCAAAGAGCAUGUUCACAUGUCCUCAGUGUGGAAAGAGGUUCACACGUGAAGCAAAUCUUAACAAGCACAUGAAAACUCACACUGGAGAGAAACCUUUCACUUGCCCCCAGUGUGGAAAAGGCUACAUAGACAAAUUAGGCCUUAAAAGACACAUGCUAUUUCACUCUGGAGAGAAGCCUUUCACAUGCCUUCAGUGUGGUAAGAGUUUCACACGUAAAGGAUACCUUAAUGUGCACACAAGAAUUCACACUGGAGAGAGCACUGUCACAUGCCCUCAGUGUGGGAAGAGUUUCGUAAAUAAAGCUAAUCUUAAAAAGCACUUGAAAACUCACACUGGAGAGAGGCCUUACACUUGCCCUCAGUGUGGAAAAGGUUACAUAGACAAAUUAGGCCUUAAAAGACACAUGCUAUUUCACACUGGAGAGAAACCUUUCACAUGCAUUCAGUGUGGUAAUAGUUUCACACGUAAAGGAUCCCUUAAUGUACACAUGAUAAUUCACACUGGAGAGAGCACGUUCACAUGUCCUCAGUGUGGAAAGAGUUUCACACGUAAAGCAAAUCUUAAAAAUCACAUUCAAAUUCACACUGAAGAGAGGCCUUUCACUUGUCCUUAGUGUGGAAAAGGUUACAUAGACAAAUUUGGCCUUAGAAGACAUGUUAAUUCACACCGGAGAGAAACCUUUCACAUUCAGUGUGGUAAGAGUUUCACAUCUAAAGAAACCCUUAAUGUGCACAUGAGAAUUCACACUGGAGAGAAGCCUUUUGAAUGCCAUCAUUGUGGAAACAGUUUCACAGACAAAUUAGCCCUUAAUUUAUGUAGAUAUCUGAUUAUAUCUUUUCAUGUGACAACACUGAAGAAAUUACACUUUGCUACAAUGUAAAGUAGUGAGUACAGCUUGUAUAACAGCCUUUUCAGACACACCCUAUUCAGGUCUCUCAAUUCAGGAGUCUCCACUAACGAGCUGAUGAGUUGAAUCAGGUGUUUUUGAUUAGGGAGAUAUCCAAAAUGAUUAGUUUUGGGCCUUCAGGAACAGGGUUGGAAACCACUGCCUAGGCGUAAUUAUGAUAUUAAAAUGCAUGAUUAAACAUUGCCCUAUUUCGAGUGGGAGACUGGAAAGACUUAAGAACAAUGCUCAUAAAUCACCCUGAGAAUGGAUGACCAUUUGACAUAGCCAAAGACACUUCUGAUUGGCUCAAGACAACUUUGGGCUGCAGCCAACUUCAACAAAACUCCCCACAGCGAAUAAACUGCGUUCUCCUCGGGAAAAGGACAAGAGGCACGGCCCCUCUCUUCAGGAAUGCACUUUCUCCAAGUCCGUGGAGUCUCUAGAAUGUAGAAGUUGCAAACUUCUUCUGCAGACAUCUCUUUGACUCUGCUAGUCUUUCCAUCAUCAAUCCAGCCUGCAUAAUCGAUUUCUACCGAAAACCACACUCCAGCUUCAUCGGAACUUCAAGACCAUCGAACUAAACAAAACUUCCACAAGACAAAAGGACAUUGAUUUCAAUGCCAAACAAUGUAACACAAGUACAAGUACCUCCAAACUUUUUCUGAAAGUGCUGGUGUUUCUUUAAUAUAAUUUGAGGAACCUGAUCUUAAAUCAUGGUGUACUAAAUUAAGCAUUGA